AAGUCAUCCCCUGUAUCUAACCCUGUGUCUUCACUCUCUGUGCCUACUCUUACUUUCCCUCUCAGUCUACUUCAAAUUUCAAACACCAAAACAAGUUGAAGCCAUCAACAACACUCUGCAGCUACCACCAUCAUCAUGGGCUGUGUAUCUUCUAAUCUACUUAACAAUGAGGAUGAGUUCGCUCAACUAGGCAGCUCAGCGCUAAGUCACCACAUAGUUUCACUCACUUCAACCACUUAUGGCCUCCUCAAUCUUGAUCCGUUACCACCACCAACACCACCACCACAAGCCACCACAACUCCUCCAACACCAUCACCUCGGUUCACUCUUGGCUCCAUCUUCCCUACCCCUCUUACAGAACCUAAGUCCAGACCAGAAAUCAUUGAUUCUUGGGAACUUAUGUCUGGUCUUGACACCGAUAGCUUUCGUUUCUCUCCCAUUAUCAAGAAAGAUCAAGAAAGUUCCCAUUUUUCAUCCUUUUUCAAGAAACAUCAAGAAACUCCUUUUUUUAGCAAAGAAAACACCAGUCCAAAACUUCUUUUGAAGGAUAGCUCCUUAGUUACCAAGAAGUGCCAAGAAAGUCCUUUAUCUAGCCAAGAAAACAAGAACCCAAAUUUUCUUUUGAAGGACAGUACAGGUUUGAUUGAUAAAUUUGAGAGACUAUGUCCACCCAGUGGAGAAGACAGAGUUGUGAUCUACACAACGACUUUGAGAGGAAUAAGAAAGACUUUUGAAGCUUGUAAUGUAGUGCGUGCAGCAUUUGAAGGGUUUGGUGUGUUGAUUUGUGAGAGAGAUGUCUCCAUGGACAAAGGGUUUAAAGAGGAGUUAAUGGAAUUAAUGAGAGGGAAAGAGAGAGAGGCAAUGGUGCCACCAAGGGUUUUUGUUAAAGGAAGUUACAUCGGUGGUGCCGAGGAAGUGAUGAGACUAGUUGAGGAAGGGAUAAUAGGAGAUGUAUUAGAAGGGUUGCCUAAGAAGGGAGUAAAGGGUGUGUGUGAAGGGUGCGGAGAUGUGAGGUUUUUGCCUUGUUUUUCUUGUAAUGGGAGUUGUAAGAUGGUGAUGGUGGUUAAGGAGGAGCUGGGGCAGAAACAAGGGAGGACUGUUGUGCUUAGAUGCCCUGAUUGUAAUGAGAAUGGUUUGGUGCUUUGUCCCAUUUGUAGCUGAUGCUCCAAGAUACAGUCUGUUGUAUCCCGAAGUCCUAUGUUGUAUCAUCAUAAGUAAGUUAUCUCAAUUUACUUGUUUUGAAUUUGAGCUGAAAUGAUAAUGUUCUGUAUUGAAUUGGUGCUAAUCCUAUUGAAUGUGGUCUAUGUGCCAAUACAUGAUCAAUUUACUUUGCUUAGAUUCAA